AUGUCUUUGACUACAAUGACGCCCCCGACUGUCAUCGCAUCGCCAGCCGAACGACUCCCGACUAGCAGGAGAGCUGUGGCUCUGGAGCAUAGGAAGCAGAACAUUCUGACCAUGAAGUAUCGCGCAUCGGCGCCGAAUCUGAAGGAGAUGGCGGCGAAGCAAUCGAGCAUAGUAAAGAAGAGCGACAGCGUAAAACCACAAAGGAAGCUUGACAAGCAGAAUGUUUCCUACGCCAGCUUCCGGCUGCAGUCGGCCGAUAUCGAUUUGUGGCUCAAAGAAUCAAUGCCUUUGCCUCCGGAUGAGCAGUUCGACCACGUUCACGUACCGGGCGUAGGUCUAGGCAUAGCUUUGGUUGGCGAGGAAGAGCACAGAUUGGACUGUCCCUACGUUGCGCCUUUGAGGGUUAGACACUCAGACAACAACCAUGCGGGAUCGCAAGCGCGCGCCACACCUCGUACAGUUGCCCAGACGAUUCAGGACUUGCGGCUUGGAGAUUUUGAGGAGCAAAGCGAGUAUCGAGACUAUCGAGCAAGCGACCCAUUCCGCACAAGCUUCUCCUCCAGCAGUUCUUCUGAACUUCUGAACUGGCCCCUAGUGAACAGAUGA